CCAAUGUGUGUUAAUCUCAAAACUCUGUAAAACUUGUUCGAUGGAAAUAAGGAAGCGGAAGAAGGCCGGCGGCGAUGGCGACGGUGGCGCGUCGGCUAACGGCGGUGGUGAUCCCGAUUCGUUUAGUGUUUUAUCAAGAUCUCCGAGGAGGAUAUUCUUGUUCUGCCUGGCGUUUCGUGUGGUAAAUGCAUUGUUGAUUCAGACGUAUUUCAAUCCUGACGAACAUUGGCAAUCACUUGAAGUAGCUCACCGCACCGUCUUUGGGUAUGGUUAUUUGACAUGGGAGUGGAAGAGAGGAAUAAGAAGCUAUUUUCAUCCAAUGGUGUUCGCAUUCUUGUAUAAAUUUCUCCAAGUUACUGGCCUUGAUACUCCCUACAUAAUGAUCAAAGCCCCACGUCUUAUGCAAUCCAUAUUUUCAGCUAUUGGUGAUCUCUAUUUGUAUAAACUCUCAGAUGCUUUAUAUGGAGGAAAUGUUGCAAGCUGGUCUCUCUUUUGUCAAAUGUCAAACUGGUUCAUUUUCUUCUGUUUGAACCGUACCUUUUCAAACUGCUUGGAGACUGUUCUUACAAUCAUGGGGCUGUACUACUGGCCUUGUAUUAGAGAUUCUUCAACAGACUAUCCCGUGAAUCGGAAGUGGGGUUUGGUUAUAGCGGCCCUUGCAUGUGCCAUAAGGCCUACAAGUGCAAUCAUAUGGUUAUACGUUGGGAUGCUCGAGCUAUUUUUGACACGUAAUAAGGUCAAAUUCAUUAUGCUAGAGGUGAUCCCGAUUGGAUCUUUGGUCCUCGGUUUCACUUGUUUGUUGGACCGUCUGAUGUACGGCUCGUGGGUCAUUGUGCCUCUCAAUUUUCUGAAGUUUAAUUUUCUUUCAUCUGGUGGAGACUAUUAUGGAACUCACCCAUGGCACUGGUACUUCACCCAGGGAUUUCUUGUCAUGCUUUUCACUUUUACACCAUUCUCCAUUACUGGAAUUUUCAAUUCUAAGAAUCAGAAGCUUUCAGUUCUUAUUCUAUGGGUCUUAGCAAUAUACAGCGUACUCGGCCACAAGGAAUUCAGGUUUGUCCUGCCUGUGCUGCCCAUAGCUUUGAUAUUCUCUGGGUAUGCAUUUGCUCAAAUGGAAGUAUCUGGUUCAUCAUCAACAUCAGUCACUAAAAAGAAGCAAGUCCCUCGACAGAACCAUGCCAAGUGGUCUCCUAAAUUAAGACUUUCAGUCGUUUUUUUGCUUGCUACCAAUAUCCCAAUGGCACUAUACAUGAGUUUAUUCCAUCAGAGAGGAACCGAGGAUGCGAUGAACUACUUAUCGGAUGAAGCAUACAAAGGGAGAGUAAAGAGCAUUCUCUUUCUCAUGCCGUGCCAUUCUACUCCGUACUAUUCCACUCUCCAUCGUAACAUUCCAAUGCAAUUUCUCGACUGCACGCCAAGUGAAGAGAAGGGACAACUUGAUGAGUCAGACCGGUUCUUAGUAAACCCUUUAGGUUUUGCAUCAGAGUUAGCUAGAAACUGGUCAGAGCCGCCUAGUCACAUUGUAUUGUUUGCACCAGAAGAAACAAAACUCAGAGAUUUCAUGAUCCAACAUUCCUUUAAAGAGGCAAAGAAGAAUCUUUUGGACCAGAACAGCUCCGGCUCCCUUCUUGUUUCUACAUCAUCCAUGGCUUCAAGUGAUGUGUUACCUCGUUUCUUCAGUGUUUUUCUUUCCCAGUACAACUCCAACUCCUUUCUGAUACCAAGAUCUUACUACGACCACUUACCACGUCGAUUGCCCAAGACUGUGAUUCUCAUGGGAAAUGGUGGAAGGACUUGGAAAGUAGCAAUGAAGAGCAAGCGUAUUCUUCCAAUUCCGGCGGAGAGCUUUAAGGUAGGAUUCAUCGGAGCUGGUAAAAUGGCGGAGAGUAUAGCUAGAGGUGUGGUUGCUUCCGGUGUGCUUCCUCCAAAUCGUAUCUCCACCGCCGUUCACUCAAAUCUCAAUCGCCGUGAUGUUUUCGAAUCCUUCGGCGUCAAUGUCUUCUCCACUAGCGAAGAGGUUGUUAAAGAAAGCGAUGUUGUCAUAUUCUCUGUCAAACCACAAGUUGUUAAGAAGGCUGUCACGGAAUUAAGAUCGAAGCUUUCAAAGAGUAAGAUUCUGGUUUCGGUUGCAGCUGGAAUCAAGUUGACAGAUCUUCAGGAAUGGUCUGGUCAAGAUCGAUUUAUAAGGGUGAUGCCUAAUACACCUGCCGCAGUUGGUGAGGCAGCUUCAGUUAUGAGCCUUGGCACAGGAGCAACGGAAGAGGAUGGAGCAAUUGUUGCUAAGUUGUUUGGCGCGGUGGGGAAGAUAUUGAAAGCUGAUGAGAAAAUGUUUGAUGCUGUCACUGGUCUCAGCGGAAGUGGACCAGCAUACAUAUUCUUAGCCAUUGAAGCUUUAGCUGAUGGAGGAGUAGCUGCUGGUUUACCCCGAGAGCUCGCAUUGAGUUUAGCUUCACAAACCGUUCUUGGAGCUGCAACAAUGGUUAGCAAAACUGGGAAGCAUCCAGGUGUGUUGAAAGAUGAUGUUACUUCACCUGGCGGCACUACAAUAGCUGGAGUUCAUGAACUAGAGAAAGGCUCUUUCCGGGCAACACUUAUGAAUGCAGUUGUUGCUGCAGCUAAACGAAGCCGCGAGCUCUCUCAGAGCUAAAUGAUAUAUAUGGUGUUGCUGCUAUUGUUUCACCUCACAGAUUCAUCAAAAUAAGGAUUAUGGCAUUCCUUGUUUUUAGCUGAGAGUUUUAUCCCACUGGCCACUUGUCUUCGAUGGUAGAGGUGAAGAUUAUUUAUCUACACUAUGAUGUAUUGGUUCAGAACUUGGAUACUUUUUUAUAAUUGUUGAUCUAAUAAAAGCCACUUCAAUUU